CUGCGACACAAUGUUCAACACAAAGCAAACCUAUACUUUCGGUUUCUAAAAUCGUAUGCUAGCUUAUCUGUUUGUAAGUCCCCUGAUCAAACCCCUGUUUUCCUUGUCCCCAAGUUCAGAUAUGCCAAUCGAACAGAAACAUUUCUCACAGUGCUUGGUGCAUUGUGCAGUGUGGCUGUCGGCGCCGGUGAUCCGUUGUGUUUCUUCCUGUUCGGUGACAUUGUGGACGAUCUCAGUGUACCACAAACCGGAUUUGCCCAGAACGUAUAUCGAACGGCCAUCUGGUUCGCGGUGCUCGGUUUACUGGUACUAAUUGUCGGAUUCGUUCAAGUAUUCUGUUUGCAUUUGUCUGCCAUCAAACAAACACAAAGGAUCAGAAAGCUGUACUUUUUUGCUGUUUUGCGUCAAAAUAUUGCCUGGUUUGACACCCAGACAUCGGGAUCUUUAAUCAGUCAGCUGUCUGAGAAUAUCGACAACAUUGAGAAGGGGAUUGGACACAAACUGGGCCUAUUCAUUCAAUAUUUAUCCACAUUCGUAGCAGGCAUUGUGAUUGGAUUUAUCAAAGGAUGGAAGUUGUCCCUUGUGGCCUUGGCCACGCUGCCUUUAAACUUGAUUGCAUUCGGUAUAUUUGCGUUUGUCAUGCAAAAGUUUUCAAAAAUGGAGGCAGUAGCGUAUGCUCAAGCUGGAUCCAUAGCCGGUGAGGUGCUUGCGGCUAUCCGGACAGUUGUGGCCUUUGGUGGUGAGGAGCAUGAACACAAAAGAUAUGUGAGCAAGUUGGGUGAAGCAGAAAAGGUUGGGAUUAAAAAGUCUGCAACAAUUGGAUGUGCUACUGGAUUCUUGGGUUUUGUCAUCUUCGCCUCAUGUGCUCUUAUCUUUUGGUAUGGAAUAAAGCUGACGGUUGAAGAUAACUACCAAGUCGGAGCUGUGUUUAUUAACUCGCGUAUCAUUAUGCGCAGUGUUAAAAAGAUAUUUUUCAACCUCAUUUUGGGCACGAUUGCCCUGGGAUCAGCUAUGCCUAAUCUGGAAUUUUUUGCUAUCGCUCGAGCCGCAGCCGUGCCCAUAUUUGAAACCAUAGAACGGAUUCCACCAAUUGACAAGGAAGCCGAAGGCAUUCGGCUGCCAGAAGUGACUGGGGAUAUCGAGUUUCGCAAUGUCUCCUUUGUUUACGAGUCACGUCCAGAUGUCAAGAUCUUCAUUGACGGUAGAGAAAUUCGAGAUCUAGAUCUGAAGUGGUUUCGAUCGCAACUCGGCGUGGUUCAGCAAGAACCUGUACUGUUUGCUGGCACCGUGGCGGAGAACAUUUCCAUGGGAUGUUUGAAUGCCAGUCGCCAUCAGAUUGAAGAUGCCGCCAGGCUGGCAAACGCUCACGAAUUCAUUGUCAAACUACCCGAUGGAUACGAUACAUGGAUUGUGGAGGGUGGUGGAAGUAUGUCUGGUGGACAGAAACAGCGAAUCGCAAUUGCUCGUGCAUUGGUACGAAAUCCAAAAAUCAUGUUACUGGACGAGGCUACUUCUGCGUUAGACACACGCUCGGAACGGCAAGUGCAAGCAGCGCUGGACAAAGCUUGCUCGGGACGUACAGUGAUCAUGAUAGCUCAUCGACUGACCACAGUUCGCGAUGCGGAUUGUAUUCUAGUUAUUGAACGUGGCAGAGUUCGUGAGUCGGGAACCCAUGAAGAGCUACUCAAAGCGGGUGGUCUGUACGCCACUAUGCUGCGUUCGCAGGGAAAACAACCUGAAGAUCAAGAGGAUGAUGAUGAUGAGCAGGAACAUGAAAAUGCACCGAAGGAUUACUUUAUAACUCCAGAAGACGAUUUUGAAGGAUCCGUUGUCAGUGUGGUUUCCUCUGUACCGACAUAUGUUAGCCAAAACGACGUUGAGUAUAAAGGAAUGUAUUCGAUGAAACGGAUGAUGAAGUACAGUAAACCGGAAUGUGGUUUUACAAUCGGGGGAUGCAUUGGUGCUGUAAUGGCAGCGUUGGUCAAUCCGGGAUUCGUUCUACUUUAUGCAGAAAUAUUCAAUGUGAAUCCGAGUAUAACACCACGUGACCUGUUGAAAAAAUCGGAGUUCUUUGCUGGCAUGAUGGUCGUCCUCGCUUUGGGCUACAUGAUUGGGAUGGCGAUGGAGGGCAUUUUCUUCGGUUUUGUCGGAGAGCGUUUGACUAGACGGCUGAGGGACAAGAUGUUCCGCUCGAUGCUGCAACAAGAAAUUGGUUGGUUCGAUAGACAGGAAAAUCAACCGGGUGUGCUCACCACUCGACUGGCCACUGAGGCGUCUAUGGUUCGCACAGUUUCCGGAUUUCAGCUCGCUAUCAUUCUCGAGGGUUUGGUUUUGAUUCUCUCCGCAUUCGUGAUCGGGUUCGUGGACUGUUGGCAAGUCACGCUGCUCCUGCUAGCCUUUGUUCCGUUCAUGAUAAUCGGUGGAUUCUUAGAGGCAAGUUAUUUGAGGGCAGACGGGAAAAACAAUCCAUUAAUGUUUUUCCCCGUCAUUUUCACGAGAACUUUUCUCAGCGUUGGGUUUUUCCGCGCAUUUUUCGACGAGAAUAGCGCAACAGGCAAAAAGACCCAACGGGCUCAGAUCGCUCAGGAGUGUUUCACUUCAAAUCGCACUGUGACCACGUUGAGUUUAGAAGCACAUUUUGGAGAAAAGUUUAUGCGCACACUGGAAGAAGACAAAAAAAAAGCGAUGAAAAAGGCUCUAAUAUUCAGCUUGAUGCACGCAUUCUCCCGAUCGGUCAACUUCUUUGCCUACUCCACGGCCUUCCCCUUGGGUGCGUAUCUGAUUGAACGCAGUAUGGCCACUGCAAUUCAUGUGUUCCGAGCAUUCUCGGCGAUCACGUUUAGUUUGUCCUCUUCCGGACGUGUUGUUGCUUUUAUUCCUGAUAUGAAGCGUGCUGUCGAUGCAUCAAAACGCAUUCUCCGAGUUCUGGACCGAGUGUCUUUGAUUCCAAAAUAUGAGGGCAUGGAACCGACCGAGAAAUACGAUGGUAGGGUAGUGAUGAAAAAUGUCAAGUUCCGUUAUCCGACUCGGAUUCACGUACCAAUUCUACGUGGUUUCACCCAUGCGGUGGAAGCAAAUCAAACCCACGCAUUGGUCGGACAAUCUGGUUGCGGCAAAUCAACCGUUUUGCAACUGAUACUUCGUUUCUACGAUCCCACAAACGCUUACGACGGUUCCGGUGGUAUUUAUCUGAAUGGACACAACACGAUUGAUCUCUCCCCAUCGUGGAUUCGGCAACAAAUCGGAUUGGUUUCACAAGAACCGAAUCUGUUCAACAUUUCUAUUCGUGAUAAUAUUGCUUUCGGCGUGAACUCUCGUGAACCGUCCAUGGAAGAAAUUAUUGAAGCCGCGAAACAAGCUAACAUUCACGAUUUCAUCAUGACGUUGCCUGAGUUAGACACUGCACUUUCUAUCUUCAGUCCAAAGCUGACCAGCAUUUUCCUUUUUCAGGGAUACGAUACGUCUGUUGGAGAACGAGGCUCACAACUAUCCGGUGGUCAGAAGCAACGUGUGGCCAUUGCCAGAGCUUUGAUCCGAAAACCUCAACUGCUUCUGUUGGAUGAGGCCACUUCCGCGUUGGACAACGAGAGUGAACGCGUGGUUCAGGCCGCGUUGGAUAAAGCGAUGGGUCAACGCACAUGUUUGAUGAUUGCGCAUCGACUAACAACGGUCGAACGCUCGGACCAGAUCGUUGUCCUCGAGAAAGGUCGUCUACGUGAAAAGGGAACUGCGAGCGAAUUGAUGGCGGCCAAACAAGCUUAUUAUGCUUUGCAUGCAAUGGAGAGUUGA